GAGGCGAGGGAGGAAGAGGGCCAGAGCCUAAAGAAUCGAUAGGAAGAAGCCAGGGAGGAGGCACAGACCCUUGCUCCCUGACCUUCUGGGCUCCAGGAUGGGGCAGCAGUUCAGCUGGGAGGAGGCGGAGAGCCGUGCGGUGGACGUGGCAGAGCUGCAGGAGUGGUACAAGAAGUUCCUGGAGGAGUGCCCCAGCGGGACGCUCUUCAUGCACGAAUUUAAGCGCUUCUUCAAGGUCGCAGGCAACGAGGAGGCCACCCAGUAUGUAGAGGGCAUGUUCAGAGCCUUCGACAGGAAUGGGGACAACACCAUCGACUUCCUGGAGUACGUGGCAGCCCUGAACCUUGUGCUGAGGGGCACCCUGGAGCACAAGCUGAAGUGGACCUUCAAGAUCUAUGACAAGGACCGCAAUGGCUGCAUCGACCGCUUAGAGAUGCUGGACAUCGUGGAGUCCAUCUACAAGCUGAAGAAAGCCUGCAGGGUGGAGACGGAGGCCGAGCAGCAAGAGCAGCUGCUCACGCCCGAGGAGGUCGUGGACAGGAUCUUCCUUCUGGUGGAUGAGAACGGAGAUGGCCAGCUGUCUCUGAAUGAGUUCAUUGAAGGUGCCCGUCGUGACAAGUGGGUGAUGAAGAUGCUGCAAAUGGACCUGAAUCCCGGUAGCUGGAUCUCUCAGCCGAGGCGGAAAAGCGCCAUGUUCUGAGGGGUCUGGGGCCCUGGGAGCCCUCCAAGACUCUAGGUUCACCACGUUUCCAGAGGAGAGGGAGGCUCCCUGGCUCGGCCAGCUUAGGCCCACUGUCAUCCUGGCUUGGACUUCCUAGCACCCCUUGUGCAGGGGGUGGGGCUGAGUGGGGAGGGGAGGGGCCAUUGGUCUAAAAUAGUCAAUAGGGUCUGGUCCAUUGGGAGGAUUUCCGGGGUGGAGACGGGAACUGGUUUCCUCUGCCCUCUCAGUGGCUCCUGGGAAAGCUACGCUUUGGCUAGGUGAUUGUGGGGCUCCCACAAAUUCCUACAUGGCUCUUAGCUGUAAGCAGGGAAAACUGAGAGGUGGGGAGGGUCCCAUAGACCAAAUGAGCAAUGAGAAUGCCCCACAGUGCGAAACUGAUUAGUAGAAGGGAGGGGCUGGCAGGUGAUGUUGACUCUGAAGGAA